AUGACAAGCAAUUUUGAAGCAAACUAUUCCAGCGACACAGAAGCUAACUCCAAGAGUGGUUUUGAGACAGUGGUUAUUGCAAACUGCAUCCUCAAUGCACCUUUGAUGUUGCUAUCCAUCAUUGGUAACGCUCUUGUGUUAGUCGCCAUAUUGAAGACGCCAUCGAUUCGUUCACCUUCCGUCAUUUUUCUCUGCAGUUUGGCUGUUUCAGAUCUUCUUGUGGGAUUGGUGGCACAACCAGUUUAUAUAGCAGCUGAAAUAGCAAGAACCGUCCGAUAUUUUCAAGCAGCAGACACAGUGGGAUUUGCUGGGUGCGGCGUUUCCCUUGCGACGAUGACAGCCAUAACAGUGGAUCGUUUCUUAGCUCUCCACUAUCACCUGCAGUACCCAAAUUUAAUGACAACAAGCCGGGCAAUCUAUACAAUAAUAACUAUUUGGUUUAUUAUCACGUUAUUCUCUUUUUCAAUUCUUUGGUCGCGGAGUAUUCAGUACUUUCUUGCAGCUUUUUGUAACACAAUUUGCCUUUUAGUUUGCUUGGUUUGUUUCAUCAAGAUUCACCGAAUUGUUCGUCGGCAUCAGUUGCAAAUUCAACUUCAACAACAAGCAGUGGAAAAUUCAAUCGAUACAAACAACCAUCACAUACGACAAUCAACUAAGAGUGCAAAAAGUAUUUUCAUAUAUUUCCUUGUCAUGAUUUUAUGCUACACUCCAUCGUUUUUUGUUCAUAUUAUUUCAGCUAUUAAUAUUUCAAACUCGAUAAUUCUCUGGACCUUUCCGAUUACUGCAGCAUUCAUGAACUCGUCUAUCAAUCCAUUUCUAUAUUGCUGGCGUAUUCCCGAGCUCCGAACGGCAGUUUUUAAAACAGCAAGGCUUUUAUCUUGUAGAGAAAUGGAUUAA